UUUUCGUUCCCAUUCAUCAUACUGUUGCAUUGUUUUUCCUGUUAUUUACUUAGUAUUCUUAUUGUUAAUUGUCGCCUGCUCUGCUCUUUAUCUACCAUCAUAUUUCCUGUUAUUUACCUAUCAUUCUUAUUAUUAUUUGUUCCAUACUCUUCUCAUUCCUAUUUAUCUACUAUUAUUUUUCCUGUUAUUUAUCUAACGUUCUUAUUGUUUACUUACCUACCACUCUUUUUACCGAUAGCUAUUAUUUUACUAUUGUUCAUCCUGUUAUUUACCAACUAUUCUUAUUGUUAUUUGUCUACUACUCUCGUUUUUGUUUAUAUUCUACUGUUCAUCCUUUUAUUUAACUACUGUUAUUUACCUACUAAU